AAUUGAUGAUGCCAGCCGCAGACUUGCAGGAGGUCGGGGGCAAACAAAGGGUGCUGGGAGAAAGUGAUGAGUGUAGACAGUCACUCGAGGAGACUGGGGAGGAUGAGGAUGAGGAUGAGGUGGGAGACGAAAACGGGGCUGUAGAAGAGAGUGGAGAUGAGGAUCGAGGCGACGAAGAGGAGACUGAGAAGAGGGAGGAAAGAGAAGUGGCAGAAGGAGGAGAGGAUGAAGAUGAGGAUGAAGAGUUUGAGGAAGAGUGUAGUCUUUGGGGAGAUUACGACGACCAGAUUCCCUAUGCCUUUAGCGAUAGCAACAAUUUGGAGCAUAACCCUGGCAACAAAGGUCCGUCUCCGUUGGUCCAAACAGGCCAAAAGCAGGCAGAGGCCAAAUGGGGAAAUGUUAGUGACGAGAACUCAGGCAUAGAUCACGGCACGUACUAUUUAUCUGAGGACUUUCAACAGGUUCAAGGCGUACAAAGACGACUUCAGAACGGAGAACUCGUCUUCCGACUGGAAGACGAAUCCAGACCAGCCGAGAACGAUUUUGAGCCGAUGAAAUUUCGUUUACUCAAAUUUAAUCAGGUAAUUUAUGCUAAAAUGAAUCCUAAAAUGGCCAUCGCUGUCAAUCAAAUCGACCCACAUGGCACUUAG